AUGAUGCAAACAAUAUGUGCGAAACCAGUCAUCGUUGGUGUCAAUAAAUCCAAUGUUGGAUCAGUUAAUGGCAAAGCAAAUGCCAUUGGAGUCAAUGGCAGGGCUUUUGGAUGUAACGGUCCAUUGGAUAGAAAUGAUUUGGUUUGCGAUGAAUACUGCAAAAGUAUUGGCAAUAAAUGA